CGACAAGGAAAUUAUAUAGAGGAUAUUUGUCGUUUUAGAGUGAAAAACAUAUUUUAUUUCAUCUCUAAGCAAGAAAACGUUUAUAUUUUCACUCAUGCAUUCACGACAAAACGACAAAUGUUCUAUUUACUUUAUGAUUUUACAAUCAUUUUAGGUUUGAAGAGAAGAAAAUCAGCAAAAUUUUUAGUCGAAGUGAUAAGAAUGUUACACAGAAUAUGUAAACAACAAGUAUUAAUUCGUCAUCUUCAGUAUGGUGUUCGAGGUCAAACACAAAUUAGCAGAAGUCAACAUGUGAUAGCUAUCAGACGCGAGACCAUUAAUGUAUGGGAGAGACGUGCUCCACUCUCCCCUGCCCAUGUGGGACGAUUGGUUAAAAGUGGAGUAAAGAUCAUCGUACAACCAUCCAACAGACGUGCCUAUAAUAUGCAGGAAUACGCUGAUAGAGGUGCUAUUAUUCAGGAAAAUUUGAGUGAAGCUUCUUUAGUAGUUGGUGUAAAACAAGUACCUAUAGAUGAUCUGAUGCCUGAUAGAUCUUACGCUUUCUUCUCACAUACUAUCAAAGCCCAAGAAGCUAAUAUGCCAUUACUUGAUGCUAUUAUACAUAAGAAUAUUCGUCUAAUUGAUUAUGAGAAGAUGGUAGAUGAUAAAGGCCAUCGUGUGGUAGCAUUUGGUAAAUAUGCUGGUGUAUCUGGUAUGAUAAACAUUCUACAUGGUAUGGGUCUACGUCUGUUAGCUCUUGGGCAUCAUACUCCAUUUAUGCAUAUAGGACCUAGUCAUAAUUACAGAAAUACAGAAAUGGCUAGACAAGCUGUUAGAGAUGCUGGAUAUGAAAUAGCUUUAGGUCGUCUUCCAAAAUCAUUAGGACCAUUAACUUUUGUGUUCACUGGUUCAGGUAAUGUGUCGCAAGGAGCUCAAGAAGUAUUCCAAGAAUUACCACAUGAAUAUAUUGAACCAGAAUAUUUACCAAAAAUAGCUCGACAAGGCAGCACUAGUAAAGUGUAUGUUUGUGUGGUGAGUAGAGAUGAUCACUAUAUUCGUAAAGAUGGUGGAAAAUUUAAUGCAGACGAAUUUGAAGAGCAUCCAGAACUUUAUGCUUCAGCUUUCAGUCAUAAGAUUGCUCCCUAUGCGUCAGUUAUUAUAAAUGGCAUUUACUGGGCACCAAAUUCUCCAAGACUUAUCUCCAUACCAGAAGCUAAAGUACUUCUCCGUCCACUAGAUUCACCUUGGAUACCUUCCAGUCCUGGAUGUCCACAGCUACCACAUCGUCUGCUAGCUAUCUGUGAUAUUUCAGCUGAUCCCGGUGGUUCAAUAGAAUUCAUGAAAGAAUGUACAACUAUUGAUAAACCAUUUUGUUUAUAUGAUGCUGAACAAAAUAUGGAAACUGAAAGUUUUGCUGGUAGUGGUGUACUAAUAUGUUCUAUAGACAAUAUGCCAGCACAGAUACCUAGAGAAGCUACAGAUUUCUUUGGUAGUUUACUUCUUCCUUAUAUUCAUGACAUGAUCAAAUCUAAUGCCAAAACUUCAUUUGAAGACUAUGACGCAAAUCCUGUAGUAAAAAACGCUGUUAUUGCUUCCAAUGGACAACUUACACCUAAUUAUGAGUACAUAGCAGAAUUGAGAAAACAGUCAAAGUCUGUUUCUACAUCACCCAAUUCAGAUAAAGAUAUAGAGAAAAGAGUUUUGAUACUAGGAGCUGGUUAUGUUUCACAUCCGGCUAUAGAAUAUUUAUUACGUGAUAAAAAGUUACAUGUUACAGUAGCUUCACAAUACAGUGAUGAAUUGGAUGUUAUUUCCAAGAAGUGUCCUAACGCUGAAACAGUUGUUUUAGAUGUAGAAGGUCAAAUAGGAAGUCUAGAUAAACUUGUUCCUGAAAAUGAUGUAGUUGUCAGCUUGUUACCAUACAGUCUACAUCCGGAAGUUGCAAACUCAUGUAUUAAACAUAAUACUAAUAUGGUAACGGCCAGCUAUGUUUCACCAGCCAUGCAAGAACUUGAUCAACGUGCUAAAGAUGCUGGCAUAACAUUAUUAAAUGAAGUAGGAGUUGAUCCUGGUAUCGACCAUAUGAUAGCCAUGCAGUGUUUUGAUGAGGUUAAAAAAGAUGGUGGUGAGAUUACUUCAUAUAUUUCAUGGUGUGGAGGAUUACCAGCACCGGAAUGUUCCAAUGUACCAUUACAUUAUAAAUUUAGUUGGUCCCCUACAGGUGUUAUGAUGAACUGUUUAGCGGGCGCUAAAUAUAAAUUAAACAAUAAAAUUAUUGAUAUUCCAGGUGAGGGUGGGUUAUUGAAUGUUGCUUCUAAACUUCAGUUUAUGCCAGGCUUUGCUUUGGAAGGAUUCCCAAACCGGGAUUCGACAUCUUAUGCUAAAGCUUAUGGCAUCGACAAUGUUGGCACCAUUUUGAGAGGAACAAUAAGAUAUGAGGGAUUUUCCCGGCAGAUUAAAGGAUUAAUGGCAUUAGGGUUAUUUGAUACCAAUCCUCAUUCUAAUCUGCAUCCAAAUGGACCAGAAUUAUCUUGGAAAUCUUUCCUGUGCGAUUUAUUUGGUAAAUCUCCUGAUAUUUUAUCUGAUACAUUAAAAGAUUUAGUUUAUGAGAAAGUUAAUAAAGAUGAUUACUGUUUAAAUUCCAUAGUAGAGCUUGGUCUGUUAGAUGAUAAACCAUUAGAUAAACAAGGUUCACCAUUUUAUACCCUGUCCAAUUAUCUGGCUAAAAGACUCAGAUAUGGUCUAAAUGAACGUGACAUGCUGUUAAUGCAUCAUGAUGUAGAAAUUAAAUGGCCAGAUCAAACAUUAGAAAGACGUCAGUAUAAUUUAGUUGCAUAUGGUGAUGUCAAUGGUUACUCAGCCAUGGCUAAAACAGUCGGUUUGCCAACUGCCAUUGCCACAAAGAUGGUUUUAGAAGGUGAAAUUCAAACUACAGGUGUCUUAGGUCCAUUUACUCUAGACCUGUAUAAUCCGAUCUUAUCUCGACUUAAACAAGAAGGUAUAUCAGCUAUACAAAAUACAGCCUGGUUGUAAGACAGACUUUAAAAAAAUGGCUAUAUUGUUUUUAUUGUUAUAGUAUUAUUUACCUUUGAUAGAAUUUUAUUAAGAAAGUGCUGUGAGAUUUUGUUUUGGUUGAUGACUGAAGAUUGAUAUGACAUUGUUAUACGCCCACAUUUUCAUGUGGACGUAUAUUGUCGUCGCCCCUGUCUGUCCGUCCGUCCGUCCACAAUUGUUUGUGAACAGGUCUACAGGUCACAAUUUUUAUCCGAUUUCAAUGAAACUUGAAAUAUAGGUUUAUCCCCCUAAGAUCUCGUUUCCUUUCGAUAUUGGCAUAUAUCGGACUGUAACUUCAUGGAUUAUGGCCCCUGAUUGUACGAAAAAUCACGUUUUUAGCUUGUGAACACUGUAGAGGUCACAAUUUUUAUCCGAUUUGGUUUAAACUUGAAACGUAUGCUUAUAACCCAAAGAUCUCGGUUCCUUUCAAUAUUCGCGCAUAUCGAAACGUCACUUCUUGAAUUAUGGCCCCUGAUUGUACGAAAAAUCACGUUUUUAGCUUGUGGACCCUAUGGAGGUCAUAAUUUUUAUCCGAUUUAAAAAAAAGUAUUAUUAUAUCACCGUUACACCCUAAGAACGGCUGAGUUCGAAUUUCAUGAAAAUCGGCCUAAAACUGACAGACAAAAUGGCCGCCGUUCGUGCUCAAAUAGCGUAAAAAUAUGGUAUAUCAAGGUUGUGGACCCUAUAGAGGUCACAAUUUUUAUCCGAUUUUGUUGAACCUUGAAAUGUAAGUUUAUAACCCAAAGAUCUCCGUUCCUUGCGAUAUUCGCACAUAUCGAAAUGUAACUUCCUGGAUUAUGGCCCCUGAUUGUACGAAAAAUCGCGUUUUUACCUUGUGGACCUUAUAGAGGUCAUAAUUUUUAUCCGAUUUAAAAAAACGUAUUAUUAUAUCACUGUUAAACCCAAAGGACGGCUGAGUUUGAAUUUCGUGAAAAUCGGCCCAAAACUGACAGACAAAAUGGCCGCCGUUCGUUCUCAAAUAGCGUAAAAAUAUGGUAUAUCAAGGUUGUUAACCCUAUAGAGGUCACAAUUUUUAUCUGAUUUUGUUGAAACUUGAAAUGUAAGUUUAUAACCCAAAGAUCUCCGUUCCUUACGUUAUUCGAACAUAUCGGAAUGUAACUUCCAGAAUUAUGGCCCCUGAUUGUACGUGAAAAAUCACGUUUUUAGCUUGUGGAUCUUAUAGAGGUCAUAAUUUUUAUCCGAUAUAAAAAAACGUAUUACUAUAUCACCUUUACACCCUAAGGACGACUGAGUUCGAAUUUCGUGAAAAUCAGCCUAAAAUUGACAGACAAAAUGGCCGCCGUUAUGGUAUAUCUAAGUUGUGGACCCUAUAGAGGUCACAAUUUUUAUCCGAUUUUGUUGAAACUUGAAAUGUAAGUUUAUAACCAACAGAUCUCGGUUCCUUUCAAUAUUCGCGCAUAUCAAAUUGUAAUUUCCUGAAUUAUGGCCCUUGAUUGCAGGAAAAAUCACUUUCUUUUUAGCUUGUUCUCUAUCCAUCUCUCGAAAAUGUGGUCGUAUCCUGCCUGACAGCCGCUGGUUUAUUCAUUGUCUUCAGUAUUGUUUUUGAUCACACUAUAGCUUUAGUUGUGUUCAAAUUUUGUUGCUAAAUAUCUGAAUAUAUAUGAUACUAGUUUUUAUGUGACAAAGUCCGUGUUUGAUUUAUACAGUCAUGUACAGCAUUCUAGAGAAAUGUCCGUAUUCAUAAUUUUUCUCAUGUGAAAACAAAUGUCAAAUAUUUACUUAAAUGGUGUCUCAAAUACUACUUAUCAGCAAGAAGUCAUAAUGACCUCUGUGUCAGGGUUAGACACCUGAAUUAACGAUUAUGCUAUAUUAUAUGAAAUCUACUUUUCACAUGGACAACAUAUACAUGUAUCUCUUUCCAUCAACGAUUGUGUGAAGAAAUAAUAUGUGUAUUUCCAGUCUAGUUUUCUGUUCGCUUUUUAUACGCCCACAUAGGAACGUUGGACGUAUAUUGCCGUCGCCCCCGUCUGUCUGUCCAUCGGUCUGUCCGUCCAUCGUCCACAAUUUCUUGUGAACGCUCUAACGCCAAAAGUUAUCAUCCAAUUGUUUUAAAAUUGAUAUAUGUUGUUUACAUUAGUGAGAUGAAGAAGCCUAUAUAAUUUCAAUAAUUUCCGUUUAUAACGUCUAGAGUUAUGGCCCUUGUUUCACUUUGUUGAACCUUGUUGUGAAAUUUAUAUGCAAUAUUUAAAUUAGGGACACGAAGAUGCCUAUUGAAUUUCAGCAAUUUCUGUUUAUUACGUCUAGAGUUAUGGCCCUUGUUUCACUUUAUUGAACUUUGUGAAUGCUCCAACAUCAAAAGUUAUCUGCCGAUCUGUAUGAAAUUUACAUGCAUCAUUUAAAUUAGUAAAGAGAAGAAUUCUAUUGAAUUUCAGCAAUUUCCGUUUAUUACUUCUAGAGUUAUUGCCCUUGUUCCACUUUGUUCAACCUUGUUAAUGCUCGAUUGAUAAAAGUUAUCAUCUGAUAUGUAUGAAAUUUAUAUGCAUCAUUUAAAUUUGUGAAACGAAAAAGCCUGUCAAAUUUCAACAAUUUCUGUAGAUUACUUCCAGAGUUGAGACUCUUGUUUCAAUUUGUAGAACCUUGUGAACCCUCAAACGGCAAAAAUUAUAAUCUGGCCUGUAUGGAACUGUCGUGGAAAGGUCCCCAAAAACCUACAAAGGAAUAAAUAUGCGUCGACCACUCGGACGAUUUAGCCGCUGUGAGCGUAUGUUUCGUUGCCUGGCAACCUAUCUUUGUUAAAUGUUAUCAGUAAUAUUUCCUACUUGAAAGGAAAAAAUUCCAUAAAAUAGUUGCCAAAGAUUUAUUCGUUACAGAGUGUUCCAAAUAAAGAAUUGUUAUAAUAAAAAUUGUAAUUCAAGAAAGAGGCUGUGAAAUUUCCUUUAAGUUAAGCAUUUGUUAUAGGAAAAUAUGUUUUCUAUUUAAAAUAUCUGUUUUCUAUUUAAAAUAUCUGUUUUCUAUUUAAAAUAUCUGUUUUCUAUUUAAAAUAAUACUCUUGGAUUCAUUUCAUAGUAGUAGAAAAAUUGUAUGUAUGUUUUGGUGGGGGGGUUUUGGUCAGAUUAGUGUAUACUGGUUUUAUGAUGAUUUUAAAAAAAGGAUAUCUUUGUUAGAUAUAUAAGAUUUGGUAAUAUACAAUAAAUAUAGCUAUAUCUAUGUUAGAUAUAUUAGGGUUGGUAAUAUUCAAUAAGUAUAGCUAUAUCUGUGUUAGAUUUAUUAGGUUUGGUAAUAUAUACUCUUCAAAAAAAGUAGGGGAUAUUGAAAUGCAAAUACCUAUGCAGGUUGUGAUAUGAUAAAUAGUCAUGGACACUUGACAUACACGUGUGAGGGGUUCAUUGUCAAAUUUGACACUUCAAGGAAGGGUUGAUGAAAACUGCCGCGUGCUGGUUUAUCUAUCCAUGUUUGCUUUCCUAUCGGUUCUUGCAUAAGAUUUACUGUUUUGCGUAUUUUUGCUUUAGAGUGUUAUGUUUAAUUUGAUCGGGAGACCUGUUCAUCGACGUCAACCGACAACACUGCAAGAAUUGGCCGUGGCACUGCAAGAGGAGUGGGUGAGAUUGCCCCAAAACGUGAUUGGACGGUUGGUUAGGAGCAUGCCACAACGAAUUGCUGAAUGUCUGAGGAUUGGUGGAGCAAUUACUCAUUAUAAAGACAAAAAUCAAAAAUGUCUAUUUUCACUUUUGACGGUGUUCCUCUUUGUGAGUGAAAUGGGGCCGUCAGAUAAGCCGCCCAUAUGAACUGUUUAUGUUCAUGUGUAGGCAAUUGGCCUGUUAUCAACAUUCACUGGUUACCUCUAAUAAAAACAGCAGUGCAUUUCCACAGUUUGGUAUUGUUUCUGAAUAUCCCCUACUUUUUUUGAAGAGUAUAUAACAAAUAUAGCUAUAUAUCUUUGGCAGUACUAUUUAAUAAAUCUGGGUAUAUUUACUUUGGUAAAAGGCUAUAUAUUUAUGUGUCUUUGUUUAUGGUUUACUUAUUGCCGCUAACUAAAUUAAUAAGUAAUUAUGUAAUUAACUGAAAUUGCGAUGCAGUAAUGACGGGUUUCACUGGUGCCACGUUACCCUUGAACUUGUUUCACCUCCGGUGCCACGUUACCUUUGAACUUAUUUCACUUUCGGUACCAGUGAAACCGUUAAACAGAGAUCCACAUAAACAUUACACACAUGUUAUAAAAUGGACGCAGAAUCAACGAAAUCCAGCAAUAUUAAAUACAUUUAUACAUUUGUUA